UGUAGUAACACGUCUAACUCACCUGCGCUGCGGUCCUGUCUCUGCAGUUAACUGACCCGUACCUGCCCCGGUCUUGCUGGUCCACCUCAGACGUCCGUUUCUCCGUGACUCUUCAUGCGGGUCCCCGUGGCUGUCGCGCUGUUAGUUUGGCUGCUAAACAAUGCAGCAAGCCGACAGUUCACUGAGGAGGAGAUGGCUGAAGUGAGGCAGCGCAUCAAUGGCAUGUUCUACCACGCGUACAACAGCUACCUGGACAAUGCUUUCCCCUACGAUGAGCUGCGCCCCCUCACCUGUGAUGGACAAGACACCUGGGGCAGCUUCUCUCUAACUCUAAUUGAUGCUCUGGACACGCUCCUGGUGCUUGGGAACCAUACAGAGUUCCAGCGUGUGGCGUCCAUCCUCCAAGACACUGUAGAUUUUGACAUUGAUGUCAACGCAUCUGUAUUUGAAACUAACAUCAGAGUUGUCGGAGGCCUGCUCUCAGCUCACUUGCUCGCGGGCAGAGCAGGGAUGGAGUUGGAGCCCGGCUGGCCUUGCUCGGGUCCACUGCUGCGGAUGGCUGAGGAGGCUGCCAGGAAACUGUUGCCUGCUUUUGACACUCCCACUGGAAUGCCGUACGGUACGGUCAACCUGCUUCACGGGGUUAGUCCUACGGAGACGCCCGUCACCUGCACGGCUGGUGUUGGAACUUUUAUUUUGGAGUUUGCCACGCUGAGCCGACUUACCGGGGACCCUGUGUUUGAAAACAAAGCUCGCCAGGCACUGAGAGCAUUGUGGAAGACCAGAUCCGACAUCGGACUCGUGGGGAAUCACAUCGACAUUCUAUCCAAGAAAUGGGUCGCCCAGGAUGCCGGGAUUGGAGCUGGUGUUGACUCAUACUUUGAGUAUUUGGUGAAAGGGGCCAUCAUGCUGCAGGAUGAGGAACUGCUGAGCAUGUUUCAGGAUUACAACCGGGCCAUCCAGAACUACACCCGCUUUGAUGACUGGUACCUGUGGGUCCAGAUGCAUAAAGGAACCGUGUCGAUGCCAGUUUUUCAGUCCCUGGAGGCCUUUUGGCCUGGACUUCAGUCCCUCCUUGGAAACCUUGAUGGGGCAGUCAGAACCUUCCAGAACUACUACUCAGUUUGGAGGCAGUUUGGAGGUCUGCCUGAGUUUUACAGCAUCCCUCAGGGCUACACGGUGGACAAGCGGGAGGGUUAUCCUCUCAGGCCAGAGUUGAUAGAAAGUGCCAUGUACCUAUUCAAGGCGACAGGUGACCACACCUACCUGCAGCUGGGACUUGAUGCGGUGGAAUCCAUCGAGAAGAUCGCAAAGACCCCCUGCGGAUAUGCUAGUGUCAAAGAUCUGCGCGAUCACCAGCUGGACAACCGCAUGGAGUCCUUCUUUCUGGCUGAAACCAUUAAAUACCUUUACCUGCUGUUCGACCCGUCGCACUUCCUGCAUGGGGGCAGUUUGGACAGUGAGAGCUCCUGGGAGGUGGGCGGCGAGGACGGGGAGUGCGUCUUAGGUGCAGGGGGCUUCAUCUUCAACACCGAGGCUCACCCCCUGGACCCCGCAGCGCUCUACUGCUGCAGCCGCCACGCUCAAGAUCGACAGGAGCUCCGCAACAUCCUGCUCAACCUGGCGGAGUCGGCAGGCAGCAAAACUAAACCUCCCACACUAGAAGACCGUCAGUGGGGUCUAUCGGAGAGCAUCGCUCUAAAGCCAGGAGAGAAAAAGACAACACCACUGCUCUCUUGUCCUGUUCAGUCUUACAGUGCUCGGCUCUCCAUACUGGGACAGGUCUUCUCUGAUAACACUUGAAACAGGAGUCUUUCAAAGCUACACAAGAUCUAGAAUGAGCCAGAAUCAAGAUGGACAUCACUAAAACAGAAAUUACACUCAACAUUUAUUUAUUUAUUUGCUUGGUGUUCCCCAGAAACUGUGAACUCAUUGAAGGUCUGUUUUUAUUUAAAUUGAAAAUGAAGAAAUAUAUUUUUAUUUAUGAAGUAGUUUGUCGUUUUUUUUUGUGUGUGUCUUAGUUAGGGCUCAGACAUGAUGGAAAAUGUAUUAUUCCGAUUAACCGUGUUUUAUGAUUUGAGUUAUGUCUAUACACUUUAUCUUAAACAUCAGGGUGGAAGUGCUCCAUUGAAAGUGCACAGAACAUUUUUGUUCCUUGUUUCAAACCGCAUUCUCACUUCCAUCCACGUGAUCUCAUUUAAUCUCCAUCACGGAUGGUUUGGUGAUGUCACGUCAAAAGAAAGGUCAAUACGUGGUUGCGAUAAUCUGUCCGUAAUUCAAUAAUUAAAAUCAAGGCAGAAAGCUCCCAACCUAAAUUUUAGUUUCAUCUGUAAUUCGACCUUUUUCUAUGGUCCGUGGUUUACUCACUCUGACCACUAGAGGCCACCAAAAGCACGAAGAUGAUGACGAUGAUCUGCUCUGCUUCUGAAUCAUGUUCUGGUUGUGGUUACAGGGAAAUCCCUCCAAGAUCCAAAACCACUCCUAUUUGCUUUUGUAAUUCCUCAUCUUCCCAGGUGGUUUACAAACUUGCACCUGCCCCUCACAUCUACAUUUAAUAGGUUCUUUAACCUUUGACUUGUGGGAAAGAGUUAGUUACAUUACAUAGUCAACAAGCCGCUGCAUUACUCUUUAUAUACUGUCUAUUACCGCAUGUAUCAAGUUGCUGGAUGAUGUAGAAUUCAUUUCCCCAGUAACAACACACACCCAGGAAGGCAGGUGUUUUCAAUCAGAUGGCAAAGUUUUAAAAUACAGCAACUCUUCAAGCAUGGUGUCUGCUAUUGUUCCAGCGGUUCUGGCUUGGCAUGUUCCUUAAUAAUUUUGUGGUCAUGAAAUGGGGAAAAACAUUCAGCAAAUAAGUGUCAUUAUUUCUGUGACUAAGUGGCAGCAUGGCAUGGCCUUGUAUAUCAUACUGACUGCGUC